CUCAAUAUAUCUAUAACAUGAUGAGUUGAAGGAGAAGGUGCGCAAUUGUGAGCUUCAUGAUGUAUCCUCGUCAUUCAUCUGAAAUUGAAAGAGCACCCCUGCUCCCGCUGCCCUUCAGUAGCCGCCUACGUCCAUCUGUGCUGUAGGUGGCCCCCCCCAACCUAACCUUGCCUCGUUUAUCAUGAUUGAGAUUCCUUCAGGCUUGCGCAUGUCGUGGAAUUAGGGUUAUUCUGCUGAUCUACUACUAUUGCUAUUAUUGAAAUUUCUUUGCUUACGUCGCCACGCGAAAGCGUGGCGCCACGGACCUGGGAUGUCCCUAAACUCGUCCACAUCUAAUUCACCACAGCGGGACGCACGGAUAUUUGUUUCCUCAAUGAAUCAUUAGAUGCUCUGUUAGUGUUACAUAUUACACUUUCCGAGCGUCAUCGUGGUGGAUCGAUUUGUGCGUCGAAUUUUCAAGCGGAGAAAUAUUAUGCCUAUUCAUUGCCAAGUACCUAGGAAACCAAGUCCCGGUGAGAUCUUUGCUAAAGCCUCUUAGUUCUACGAAGAUCUCAACAUUAUGGGACGACUACUCUUUGGAAUAAGAUAAACGCCAGUAAUGGCAAGAAAGGUCAGAUAUUUGUUAAGGGUGGCAUUUCUGUUUGGCGUGGAGUGAAAUAGUAGGGCUAGUAGAGGGUAUUAGACGUGCCAUCAGGGUCGCUGAUAUUGGACUGAUAUACCAUGUAUGACUGACGUUGAAGUGAUCUUGAUAUAGACUGUUGUGGCAGAGGGCGAGGGGUCAAACUGGAGUGGGAAAAUGUUUCUGCGUGCAGCAUUGAAACUUGGGACAAAUCCAAUGGGGUAGCUAAAUCGUUCUUCUAGCGUACUAUGCUAUCGAUUGACUCAGCAGCUCUGAGUUGCAUUCGAUGCAAAGGAUAGAGAUGACUUGUAAUCUUCGUUGUUAUGCUAUAAUGCCAUCUUUCGGGUCUACGUGUUGCGUGUUAUUGUAUGCCAUCUUUCAACUCUGGAUACUAAUUCUAAUGGAGCAGCCCCCUUUUCUUUCCAAACAAGAUCGAAAUUAUGUACCUAGAAGGAGUUGAAGUUUAUUAGGCUAUCGCUUACCUACAACAAGUUGUGGCACGAGAAAACUAUCAGGCUCAACAGCGACGCUGUUGAGGUUGACGAGAAGAGUAAUACUAAAAGUAGCACGUUCUUUGUUGUACACCACUUCUGAGUCUAGCGGUAGUCUAAGUUGCAGUGUUUCGUCACCUUAUGUAUUAGUGUUUGGGUGGUGCUAUAUCUCUCUCAUUUCAAGGGUGCAUAUGACGGGAGGGAAGAAAGAUCCUCACGCACGAUCAGCCAGGUGGUGAGACACUGCCUCUUAAGUGGUACUUGGGAAGAAGAGCAUUAUGUAACUGUAACCAUUCUGUGUGAGUGCCGCAAGGUGCAGCAGUGGUGGCUAUGAUAAACGAUUGACUUUUUGUUCGAAUAUCUAUGAUAUUCAAUUUACGAAGAAGCAAGUUAGCAUGAAAAAGUUGUUCCUUUUCUUGUUUUGUGAAAAAGGUAUGUAUGGAUGAUCUCGAGAUCUACCAUUCCAGAGAGAUGCCAUAUAGUGUCUCUCUCGAUCUACCACUCUUCAUCCCCGUCUAUUGUGAUUUUCAAAGAAAUUUAUGUCAGUGUCAGUCUAUCAUAUGCCUUUUUGUCCUUUCCCGCCGUGACACUAAGAGCAGAGCUACUGGACGCAAGAGUGCCACAUGCAUGCUGAUGCCCCACAGUUAACUAAGUACAAGCUUGAUCCUUAGUUGUGCCUGGCUGACAACAAACCUUAAUAGUAGCCUAUUGGCUGAUCCGAAAUGUCUGCGGUCAUCAGGAAAGUUGGCAACAGGGACAUACGCAUGCAUGAAGAGUCUGGCUGACAACAAGCCUUAGUUGCCUAUUGGCGGACAGCAAACCUUAGUAGCCUGACUGCACUCGACUGUUUCUAGAAUAAUCCAAUUUCCUGUAGUUUGUCUAAAAUCACUAAUGAGUUGCAAUGAUCUCGUAUCAAUGAUAUAAGCACUCCUUGGCUUCCUUUUUCUGUACUAGUUUGUAAAACGCAUUUGUUUUUCGUAGUCGAAGGUGAUGCCUGAUGAAAUUGAAUUUCAUGUGUUAAUGCUUCGCUUUUACUUGAUACUUAUAUAUGUACCAGGGAGGGAGGCCCCCCCCCUGUGGAUGGAUCUCGGGUGGACCACGCCAGAGGGGUCCAGCCUGGCCACCUUUGCGCGGUCUGUAUGGUUGGCCACAUGCAGCACGCCAAGGGGGUGGGUCCCGCCUUGCCUCCUCUGCCAGCUCUGUCGGGUACCGCAACACGCCAGAGGGCGCCAGCCUUGCCAUCUUUGCCAGGUCUGUCGGUACAUGCAACAAGCCAGCGGGGCCCUGCCUUUGCCUUUGCCAGGUCUGUAGGGUACAUGCAACAAGGCAGCGGGGCCCUGCCUUUGCCCCCUUUGCCAGGCCUGUAGGGGACAUGCAACAAGGCAGCGGGGCCCUGCCUUUGCCCCCUUUGCCUGGUCUGUCGGGUACAUGCAACAAGCCAGCGGGGCCCUGCCUUUGCCCCCUUUGCCUUUGCCAGGUCUGUAGGGUACAGGCAACAAGGCGGGAAGGGGUCAGAAGUGGGCGCUUUGAGGCCUUCCCGCCUGGCAGCCCCUCGAAAAGAGGGGCCGGGGCUGGCAGGCCCCCCCCCCCCUUCAAAAAGCUAGAUCGGGAGGGGGCCUCCAGCCCUGAGCCUUGGAACAUAUAACUUCUUUCAAGGCUGACGUGUAAUUCAUUUUCAUUGAAGCAACCUAAAAAGCAGGACCAAUCCCAGAUGAAUAUGGCCCACCAUCUAACCCAAACGGAUUUGUAUUAUUAUGCGUCGACAUGUGGUAAGUACAAGUACUUAGGCAGUUUAAUACUUCUGGUAUCAGGCGUGGCGGAUUGGCGUCGAUAUGUGGUAAGCAGGUCUAGGCACUUAAGUAGGCGUCGUAUUGGGAAGAGAAAUGGCGGCUAUAAUGAUUUGGUUUGUCCUUGCGCGUUGACGGAGACCAUCUCUCUUACCUCGUCCAGGUCAGAGGGUGUCUAAGACAUUCCAGUAGACUAAUAUAAGUACUUACUAAUGCGACUCACUACAUAGUACUACGUACUACUAAGACGCUACGAUGAUGGUGCUUACUUUGUUGGGCUUGAUGGGGGGAAAUGGAGUGUCGCAGAUCUUGGGUAUUUAAGAGAAGAAUUUGAGUUACUCGUUAGAAAAUUUUGUGGCGAGUCAAUAUAAUCGGACUAAAAAAAUCAUAGUAACUACAAGCAUGAUAAUGAGAACAAUGAGAUGGAGGAAACAAGACAAAGAUAUAUAUUAGGUGUUGUACGGAUGAUGAACAAGAACAAAUACUAGCGUGGGAAAGAGAACAAAAGCAAAAAAGAACUACAAACCUGGAACAAUAACAAAAAGAACAAGACACACAGAUUAGCUUUUCUACGAACAUUUAUUAUCUUAUUUCUUUUCUCCUCAAGUUUUCCAGAAUAUGAGGCGAAGUGUAUAAAAGGUAGAGCUUACGUGUACAAUUUCGAGAACAGCUUGAACUUCUUCUAGAUAAAAAGGUUUCAAGGAUGAGCAUCAUUUUUCCGUAGCGCUCUCGAGCUUUUCGGGUAUUGAUGUGAGCCGUGUUGUCUCCGAUGCUUGUAUUGCGUCAUGUUUUUGCCGUCCACUGUGGUGAAAAAAAAACAGAGCAUUAAAAAAGAUCAUGGUCGGUUGGCAAAGAGCAUAGAUUCAGCACGAGCAUGGUCGAUAUAUCAUUAUCGUCCAAUCUAAAAUCAUUAUCUAUCAUCUUACACCCAAAACAAGACUAUCCAGAACAAGAAUAACCAUUGUACAUCCAGAACUUAUUACAACAACAACUACUACUAUUAUUUAUUAUUUUUGUUGUUCGUUAACGUAAAAAACGUUUUUUUCGAUAUCGAUUCUUGUCCUCUUUGAAGAUGAAUGAUUUUUAGUGGUUCCUUUCUUCUGGUUAUGACAAAAGUUUCUUCUGGUGAUGACUGUUAAGGCUUCCCCUAAUGGUCCAUCUUCAGGUUCAGAGAAGUCAUCCUCGGAGAGACGUUCUCAAGGGGAAAGCGGUCCCAGGAUGGGCUACGCUAAAAGUAAAUGAUUCUAGGCUAAAAACGCUAAAAACUGAACUGUAAAUGAUUCAUUGGCUUCUAACUGGAUGGUGUAAGUGCUGAUGUUGUGCUCAGCUUGUUUUUAUUUCCCUCAGCAUAAUACAAGGACAAGUGUCCCGAGAACACAAGCAGGUGGCUGAGGGACAUAUAGGCACGCCCUAAAGCUAAGAGGGGGAUCAGAUGAAGGCGGAGAUCGUGUCUGACUGCGUGAAUCACGACAGAAGAAAACUUGAGUCGUUUCUCUGUUGAAUGUUGAGACAACACUUAGAUUUUUGUUUGAGGGUUUCUUUUUCAUGUCUUUUUUUUUCUUUUUUACAUACGGAGCAAGAAGAACUAAGAACAAGUGACACCAUCAAGAACGAUAUACACAAGUAUCACGACAAUAACAAUAUUUAUUGGACUGUAAGUAGAAAGCACUCCAUCUAAAAAGGUACUUCCGAGCUGACUGCCGGUGUGCCUCUACGUGUUGUAGGGUGUGCGUGGGUGGAUGUUGCAGGAUUAGCAACGCGCCGGCUGAAGUUAGACGGCCCUUACCAGUAUUUCUAUACGGGGAAUACUGGUAAGGUUAAGGACUAAGCCUAAGGGUAAAACCUUGUGACCGAAAUCAGUUUACGGGAAUCCGUUAACUGAUAAGUCCGUUUACUGAUAAGUCUGCUUACUGAAUACCGAUGAAUCCGCUUACUGAAGUUAGCUGCUUGCUUUUGCUGCCACGUUUCCGACCACGACCAUGGAUACUAGUACUGAACUACUACCUACUAUCUCCCAUAUUUUUAAUAGUACUACUCCUACUACUACAACCACUGUUGCUACUAGUAAUAUCAUGAAACGAAGUACCAGAACCAGGCUAGAUUUACAUCAGACCAGCUACGAGGAUAUCACGACAGAACGAAGUAUGGGACAUCGAUUGUGGAUUUUGAAUUCGUGUGCAGCAGAUGUCACCCUACUUCCUCCAUCUUGAACGGCGUAUGUCUACCACUGUCUAUCUCUUUGAUCUGCGGGGAGGUCGGUGCCCUGGGGAGGCAACCUGGUUGAUUGACUGAUUGACUGACUGGCUUGGUGAUCAUUUUACUUGGCACCAGGUAAGAUGUGAUUUAUUUCAAGUAAGCACCUUCACCUAUAAUAGGAUCUUGAAGAAUUUCCACCUUGCAGCUUACAAAUUGAUCUAGAAGUUGUAGAAGAUGGAAGUACUAGAAUAAGGAUCUUACUUCAAGUUCAAGAUGAGCAGACGGUGGCAUUCAACGCACUUCUUGAGUAGUGCAAGAGGCUCCAUCAAACUUACAUUCCUUGCAAGGAGUCUGUUUUUCUGUGAUUCCCGGAACGAAUAAGAUGAAAUUCUAUUUCAACAAGCGAGCAAAAAA